AUGCCCAGCAACUACAGCGCCCUCUUCUCCGUGAUCGAUGUGGCGGACGCACCCCCGACUUACCUUCUCUACGUGGAGAACGAUGUGGAUCUGCUGUCCGCCUUUCACCGGGACUGCCGGAAAGGGGACGCUUGGGCCAUCGAGCCGCACUUCCAGAUCGCUUCCUGCGUCUACAGCUCGGCGGAGGGCUGCCGCCAGUACCGGACCACCUGGAGCCAUCAGAAGGAUUCCCCGGCUCCGUACCUCCACGGCGCCGGCCUGCCCGUAAAGGACUGCACCUUGCACGUGGUGGGUGUGCGCCAGACCCUGCAACUGGAGGGCCUGACUCGGGGCUUCGACCUCACGGCGGAGAACGCCUUGGCGCAGGCCGUGGCCAAUGCCUCGAUGCUGCCACCAGGCGCCAUCGCCAUCGCCGUGCUGGGCGGUGCGUCGAGCCGCCGCCUCGCGGAAACCACCGGCCAGGUGACGCUACAGCUAAGUCUCGCCUCGGACGACACCACGGUGGGUGACGUGGCGCUGAGUCUCAACGGGCUACAGAGCAACCAGCCCUUCCUAUCGGAAGCGGCUACGGCGAUGGGCGAGACGAGCUUGUCAGUCGCCUUGGUGGGCAAUAUGACCGCGGUGGAUGGCUCUUCAGAAGAGGCCGUGGUUGAGCUGCAGACGACCACAGCGACCACCACAGCCGACGCAAGUUCCACGUCGGGAGCUUCGACCUCCGACACGGCAGCUUCUACCUCCGUGUCGGGUGCUUCGACCUCCGACACGGCAGCUUCUACCUCCGUGUCGGGUGCUUCAACCUCCGACACGGCAGCUUCUACUUCCAUGCCAACGUCAUCGGCAAAUGGCACGACCUCCUGGAACGACUCGGGGACGUCCAGCGGCAUCUUCGAGUCCGAGACUUCCAACUUGACGACUUGUUUGCUACGGCCCUUGCUGCUCAUGAUCUUUGUCAGGUUCUGGCAAUGA